AUGACGAGAGGAAGCCGAUAUGUUCAUCAAUGGAACGAGGGGACUGAUCUCCCCAAAGACCUGAGCAAACCAGAGACUGGAGACUUUUUGAUCCAAUAUACAAAGAUUGAGCCCAAGAACAUGGAAAAACAUAUCAUCCAUGUUCUACCCUUGCUUCAAAAAUUCAUGUUUCUCCAACUCGAUCUCUACCACUCUCCUAGCUACAAGCUAGUUCUGGAACAAAUCAGACGUGGUAACCUCUUCCUGGAUCUGGGCUGCGCACUCGGCCAAGACAUACGUCGCCUGGUGUAUGAUGGUGCGCCUUCAGAAAACUUGAUCGGGCUCGAAUUGCGAGGGGGCUUUGUUGAUCUGGGAUACGAAUUAUUCCAGGACAAAUCACACCUCCAAUCGCAAUUCCUGGUGCAGAGUUUCUUCGAGGACACGCCCAAGCUCACGAGUCUGAGGGGAAAAGUGAAAGUCGUCAACUCGGGAAUGUUUAUGCAUUUGUGGGGUUGGGAGAAGCAAGUCGAGGUGGCCAAGCGCAUGAUGGAGCUUCUGGUUCCAGAGGAAGGGUCAAUGAUCACAGGUCUUCAUUUUGGCAGUUGGUCCGCUAAGAUGUGGGAAACCAUGAAGGAAAGCCCAAUGUUUGUGCACAGUCCAGAUACCCUGAAAAGUCUCUGGAACCAAUGUGCGCAGGAAACAGGAACCUGCUGGGAAUUCCAGUGCCUCGUUGAAGAAGCCGACGAUUGCCAGGAUCUCGAUUCGGAGGCACUCAAGUUGAGAUGGACCGCGAAGAGACUGAAUCCCUUGCGAUAA